UUACAAUAGUGACGAUUUAAUUUUGUUGAUUAAAAUCAAUCGAGCAAUCAAUCAACACACUGUUUGAACUCAUUCGAAGAAGACCAAAGCCUUACAAUGGACUCUUGGUUAUUCAAAAUAAUUUUAUUUCAACUCACCCUAUGUGCCAUCAAUGUUUAUUCCGAGAAGUCCGUGAGAGAACUGCUCGAGAAAGUGUACGAUAAGGCAGAGAGAAACCAUCAACCACUCAUAGUUGUUCUGGACUGCUCAGUGUUGAAACAGAAGGAAAAGGAUAUACAGCCGCGUGCAAUCCCCGAAGAUGACAUUCUCAGUGGAGACGGCAAUAAACCUAAGCCGAAAAAAAUUGACGGGAAAUUGAUAACUAAACUGAAGAAAUCCGUGGCAAAUUAUGUACAACAGGAGACCCUUACCGAUAGUAAUUCGAUGGAGGAAGAGACACAAAUGAAAGAUUAUUACAAAGUCCUACCGCAUCACAAAUUAUCACAAAAACCAAAGAAAAAUCAUUAUAAAGGCCUUUUCAAAGUCCCACCAAAUCAAAAAGUUUCAUCAAAUAAAGCAAGAGGUAAUUCGAGACCAACAAUCUACAGACAAGGAGACUACAGCCCCGACAAUAUACUUGAUUCUCCAGUCGUCAAAAGUCUUCUCCGUAUAUCUAAUGAUCUUCGUUGUAACGCUCGAGAUGAAUGUAUGGAUGCUUGCAAAGAAAAAUUCUCUAAAAAGAAGAAGCUAAAAUGUAAAGUGACUUGCAUAACAACAUAUGAAUGCAUUGAGGACGAAAAAGAAGAAGCGAACGAUAGCAAAUGUGAUGAUGAUGAUGAUGAUGAUAACGAUUGCAAAGAUGAAACUCAAGAAAGCAGUACAAAAGGUUACAAAGACGUCUCUUCUGAAAAAACUUAUUGUGCACGCUGCUGAAAUGUUGAUUAAAACUUUCAAAUGUUA